AUGAGAGCUGUAUCAAAUUUUGCUUAUGUCAAAGCAACAGAAUUACGAAACAUGUUAUUUUAUGGUAUAUUACUGAAUUUAGAACCAUUUUUAUCAAAUCAACAAUUAUCACACUUAGCAUUAUUUAUUUGUGUCAUUCGUUUAUUACGCAGUCAACAUUUGGUACAUUAUUCAUACAUGUAUAAUAAUCAUGGUGCAUUAUCAAAUACUGGUUGUUUUGGUCAAGAAGAUCUUGUCGGCAGCAUGAGUUCAAGUCAUCAUGGUUCACGUUAUUAUGGUGCAUUAAUUACACAUUACUAUAACAUUGAUUUUCAUAUACAUAACAAGAAACAACAAGAACAAACGACUACCAAUGGUCCAGACGAUCCUUCUGGACAAUCACCUAUUGAACAUACACAUCUUUAUUCUUUUUUAUGUAAUUGUACAGAUAUACAUAAAUGUUUUAUUAUUUAUCGUCGUUUUAGUAUUAAUCAUUAA